GAUCGGUGAAGUUGAUGAAUGGAGGAUUUGUGUUUGUCAAGGUAGUUUUGUUUACGCGAUAAUUUUCUCUCGGAAUCAACUCCUCGCGUGUUUCGUGUGUGCUAAGAGGUAGAUGAAGGUGCGUAACAGUAUCCUUCGGUUUUCGCAUUAAAAUUGACAGGAUUUAACAUGUCCCGUAAUCACAAGGACAAGUAUGAAAAUUCUAAUCCACAUCGUACGCAUACUAUCAUGUCCACGGAGGAUGCAAACUCCGGGAAGAAAUCUUAUUGGCCGGAGUUGGAGAUAACAGGCAGUAUAAGAAAUUUAAGCCCAAAUUUAUGGCAAUUAACUCAUCUAACGGCAUUGUAUUUAAACGGCAAUAGUUUACAAAGAAUACCAUCUGAAAUAUGCCGUUUAACUAAUUUACGUGCAUUAGAUUUGAGUAGCAAUAAAUUGCGAAGCUUACCUGCCGAAUUGGGGGAUCUCAUCUACCUCAAGGAGUUGUUAUUAAACCAAAAUUAUCUUCGCGUGUUACCAUACGAAUUAGGAAAAUUAUUCCAGUUACAAGUGCUAGGACUUCAAGGUAAUCCUCUCAGCAAGGAGGUUAUGGCAUUAUACGGAGAACCAUCUGGAACCCACAAGCUGCUGUCGUACAUGCUGGACAAUUUACAAGUAACUGCUAAUCAACCACCACAAAGACCAUGGAUUCCAUUGACAAGGCCCAAUAGGUCAAGACCAACAUGUAUAUUUACGGUAAUGUGUUAUAACGUGCUGUGCGACAAGUACGCGACACGUCAGAUGUACGGUUAUUGUCCAAGUUGGGCAUUAGAUUGGGAAUAUCGGAAAAAAGGAAUCCUAGAUGAGAUACGACAUUAUGCUGCUGACAUCAUCAGCCUGCAGGAGGUCGAGACAGACCAAUUCUACAAUUUCUUUUUGCCUGAGCUUAAACACGACGGUUACGAUGGUAUAUUCUCACCGAAAUCUCGUGCCAAGACAAUGGCUGAAAAUGACCGGAAGUACGUCGACGGAUGUGCUAUUUUUUACAGGACAGCCAAAUUCACCUUGAUAAAGGAGCAUUUAGUCGAAUUCAAUCAAUUGGCAAUGGCUAAUGCCGAAGGUUCGGACAAUAUGUUGAACCGAGUUAUGCCCAAAGAUAAUAUUGGAUUGGCUGCUCUUCUUCGAAUGAAGGAAGCCGCUUGGGACAACGGUCUGCCAUCAGAUCCAGCACAAGUACAACAGCCCAUUUUAGUUUGCACAGCCCACAUUCAUUGGGAUCCUGAAUUUUGUGAUGUUAAAUUGAUACAAACUAUGAUGUUAAGCAAUGAAUUACGUUCCAUUUUGGACCAAGCUGGCCAGUCUUUCCGACCUGGUCAUAAGCCUGAUUCUUCCAACGUGCAGCUUUUACUUUGUGGUGAUUUUAAUUCCCUACCUGAUUCAGGUGUCAUUGAAUUUCUAACAUCCGGACGCGUUGCAGCUGAUCAUCGCGAUUUUAAGGAAUUAGCUUAUAAAUCAUGCUUACAAAAGAUCUCUGGUUGCGAUAAACCAAAUGAAUUUACACAUUCUUUUAAACUUGCAUCUGCCUACAGCGAAGACAUUAUGCCUUAUACUAAUUACACGUUUGAUUUCAAGGGCAUAAUAGAUUACAUUUUCUAUUCUAAACAAAGUAUGGUACCUUUAGGAUUGUUAGGACCAUUGAGUGCAGAUUGGUUUAGAGAACAUAAAGUGGUAGGUUGUCCGCAUCCUCAUGUACCAUCUGACCACUUUCCAUUGUUAGUAGAACUAGAAAUGACACCUACAGUAGGAACAAGCAACGGUUUGAUCUCACGCAGGUAGCAGCCGCUGCGGUCUAGACCCAAGUAAUAACAAGGGAAUGAUAUACAAUAAUAAAAAUAAAAUCUUUAUCACUCCUUCUCUUACUUCAGGCUCUAGUAAUAUCACUCGCAGUCGACUACUAUAUUCUAAUAGCGAAUAUUACGAAUACUCCACAUUGCCGCACAUUCAACAUGCUGACAGACAUAUUGAUGAAUUAUUCUAAUGACCAGGUGAAGGGAGUCGUGUUGUAAUGCGUUUAGCCCAUGUAUAGUGUAUUGCAUUUUUAAGACCUAAAACUACUUCCCCAUGUUAAGAGUAACCAUAAAAAAAACUCUCUCCUCUCCUCUCUCUCCCUUUCUCUCUCUCUCUCUCUCACACACACACACACACUCUAUCUCUCUCUCUUUCUAUUACCAUCAUAAUAUGUAGAUACCUAUUUUCCUACAAAACAAAAAAAAACACAUGAUAUUCCGAUCAAGCCUCUGUGAUAUCGUCAUUAACAAUUGGAACAAUUUCACAUAUUUAUUAUUAACCUAAACAAGCUAGUAUCUACUAGAAAACAAAUCCUAAUCUCUUCCUAAAUGUCAUUACAACAUUCUCCAAAGCCAACAUUUUUGAUAAGAAUGCUGCCAUCCAAUGACAAAUUGUAUUUUUAAAACGAAAGAAAACGAAGAAUAAGAAAAAAAAAAAUAAUGAAGAAGUAAUGAAAACAUACACGCUAUACUGGGCUGUGCGAAGUGAUCGGAGUUGACUUAACAAUUUCAAUGCAAGUACAAAUCUGUUCUUAUUGGCCACGUAUAUUGAUAAUGAUAAUG